CACAGUAGUUCUCAUCUUUUUUUGCAGCUUGAAACUUGAGUGGGGAUUGAAGAAAACUGAAUUGGAUCACCCAGUUUCUGUCACAGGAUCAUCUGGACAGCGUACCACUCCAUGAUGAGUUCUUCCAAACCUGCCUAUAAAGGUUACUUUGGCAGAAUCGGUGGAAUACCAUUGUAUAAAAAAUUUAUCAAGUAUUGGCAUAAAGUGGAGAAAUUUGAGGCAAGACCAGAUGACAUUGUCAUUGUCACCUAUCCCAAAUCUGGUACAACGUGGGUUAGUGAAAUUAUAUGCAUGAUUUGUACUAACGGUGAUGUGGAAAAGUGCAAACAAGAAGUCAUUUUUAAUAGAGUUCCUUACCUGGAAUGUAGCACUGAUCACUCUAUGGAUGGAGUAAAACAAUUAAAAGAGAUAGCAUCUCCUAGAAUAGUGAAGACUCACCUGCCUGCUGAGCUUCUUCCAGUCUCAUUCUGGGAAAAGAACUGUAAGAUCAUCUAUCUUUCCCGGAAUGCCAAGGAUUUGGUUGUUUCUUAUUAUUUUUUCUUUUUAAUGGUGACUGCUAAUCCAGAUCCUGGUUCUUUUCAAGAUUUUGUGGAGAAAUUCAUGAAUGGGGAAGUUCCUUAUGGUUCCUGGUAUGACCACACAAAAUCUUGGUGGGAAAAGAGGAAGAAUCCGCAAGUGCUAUUUCUUUUCUAUGAAGACAUGAAGGAGAAUAUCAGAAAAGAGGUGAUGAAAUUGUUAGAAUUUCUGGGAAGGGAGGCAUCAGAUGAGCUUGUGGACAAGAUUAUAAAGCACACUUCAUUCGAGGAGAUGAAGAACAAUCCAUCUACCAAUUAUACAACACUGCCAGAUAAAAUCAUGAACCAAAAGGUAUCUCCCUUCAUGAGAAAAGGAAUUGUAGGAGACUGGAAGAAUUACUUUACAGUAGCCCUGAAUGAGAAAUUUGAUAAGCACUAUGAAGAGCAAAUGAAGGGGUCUACACUGAAGUUCCGAACUGAGAUCUAGGAAGGGUUUUCUUAACAUCUGAGAUUAAACUGUUGUUUCAUCCUUCCUCACCUUCUUCAUUUUAAACUAGUAGAGAAUGAAUUAUACAAAAGACCACGAUCAGGUUCACAUGAUUAUUGAGAUCUUAGUAUGAAAGAGUUAAGAAAGAUUUUUUUUCUGUAAUUAUCUCUUUAAUAUUUUCUUUCCUUUUUUCUUUACUGUAAAUAUUACACAAAGCUAUAACCUAUGAGAAUGAUGUAGGUACACACAAAUUGUUCAGGUUGUUAGAGCCUCAGUAAAAAUAAUCAGACAUUCCAAAUUAUUUAACUUUGUGUCUACUUUUUUCCAUUUAUUAGUAUAUUUGGUAUAUAAUGAAGGGGUGUAUGUAUAUACAUGUAUAUACAUAUACAUAUAUAUGUAUAUGUACCUUUAAAUACAUAUGGAUAAAUACAUAUUAAUAACCAUAUGUGGAAUUUUAAAACCUUGACAAAUAGAACUGAAAAGAAUAAACAUGAGUGUAUAACUAGAUGUAUUAUUUCUUGGCUGAAAUUAUCUUUCAUUCACUGCAAAAUGACUUAACUUGGAAUUUACCUUAGUUUAGUCUAAAUUUUCAGCAUUUUCAGAACUGAUUUCCAGAUGUCUAUAAAUAAUUCCAAAGAGUAUGAUAUAUGUUUGAAUAUCUUUAGCUAAUUUAAAAUAGUUAUACUUUAGAGUUCCUUCUAUCCUAUACACAAUGUAAUCAAAGUAAGAUCUGUAAACUAAAGUUUUAAUGAAUGUGAGAUAUACCAAUAAAAUAAAACAAACGC